GCGCAGCGCCGACUGUGUGACCUGUUUCCGGUGUGGAAGGAUGUGGCCGCCUUGCAGGUCACUGCGUAACUUGGCUCUAGCCUUGGCGAGAUCUCAGGGAGCUCGGGCCUGCAGUGGGGACGAACGUGUCUCCUACACACAGGGCCAAAGCCCGGAGCCCAGAACCCGCGAGUAUUUCUACUACGUGGAUCACCAGGGCCAGCUUUUCCUGGAUGACUCCAAAAUGAAGAACUUUAUCACCUGCUUCAAAGACCUGCAGUUCCUGGUCACUUUCUUCUCCCGGCUGAGACCUAACCACAGCGGGCGCUAUGAGGCUUCCUUUCCCUUCCUCUCUCUCUGCGGCAGAGAGCGUAACUUCCUGCGCUGUGAAGACCGGCCCGUGGUCUUCACGCACCUGCUGGCCCCCGAAAGCGAGUCCCCUCGCCUCUCCUACUGCGGCGGCGGCGAGGCCCUGGCCAUCCCCUUUGAGCCGGCUCGCUUGCUACCUCUGGCGGCCAACGGGCGCCUGUACCACCCGGCACCGGAGCGCGCAGGCGGCGUGGGCCUAGUGCGCUCGGCCCUGGCCUUCGAGCUCAGCGCUUGCUUCGAGUACGGACCUGAAUCACCCACGGUCCCCUCUCACGUGCACUGGCAGGGUCGCCGCUUCGCCCUAUCUAUGGAUCUGGCCCCGCUGUUGCUCGCUGCCCCGCCGCCCUGAGCCUCCAGUUGGGGCUGGGUGGGGGAGGGUUAGGGCAAACACUGGGCUUCGUAGUACUCGCAGGUUACCCCUCGGUCCCAGACUUCCAGGUCGACCCAAAUGUCUCCAGUCACCUGCACGCCAGUGACUGAGUGCGCGUGCGCGCAGAGGUGCGCCUUGGGCCUCGGUAGGUUGGCGCUGUCCAAGGUUCUCGUGCGGCCCCGCUAUUCUCGGUCUCUACAGCGGUCCCCUCUCCGCCACCUCUAACCCUUACAACCGGUCUUGCAUCCCACGGAUUGGCCUGCUCUGGUCACGUCAGGCUGGGCGGCAGGCGCUAGGCGCGCGUGGGCCGGUGCGCGUGCGCGCCCACCCCCACCCCCCCGCCGCUUCUCCAGUCUAGCAGCCGCAAGCACCGCGGGGAGUCGCUCGCCACUGGAGCAGGUGAGGGGAGGGGGGGGUCCUGGCCCAAGGUCACCAGGCUUGGGGGCGGGAUCGGGACCCUUUAGGUUCUAACUGCUGCACCAAGGAAAGGUCAGGCUCUCUGGCUGCGGGGAGAGGGAUGGAAACCACGCCCUCUGUGAGCAGGCUCAGACCCGCUGGAGCGGGGGGGGGGGGGGGGGGGGGGGGGGGGGGGGGAGGGGG